AUGAGCCAGUUUCCUCUCGAGCUAUGGAACCAGAUCAUACCUCUCGCGUGCAUGGACGGCGGCGAUACAGCUCGCGCGCUCUCAGCGACGUGUCGUUAUCUACGUUCGGCGAGCACGCCCUACAAGCAUCACUUCCUGAGGGUUGGGCCGACUGACAGGCAGAUCGCCUCGCUGGCCCGUAUCCUGGAUGACCUUCGAGUCCAGGAACUACCCCGCGUGCUCGCAAUCCAAGCGACACCCCGCUGCGACUUCGACACGGGCGCAGGCUUUCAGAGACUCUACAACGUGGACCAAGCGAGAGGAAGCUGGGACGAGACCGUAACGAGCCAACUUACGACCAUACUGGGCAAAGUUCACGGCGUACUCGAGGUUCUGCACCUGGACGUCUUCACUAUCAAUUACGCGAACUAUAAGGCGUUGUAUGUCUUCCCUUUCACCCAACUUCGCGAGAUCACCCUAGGCGGACUACACCCUUUCCGACCGCGAGACUGGUUCGACUACCUGAACCAGUCUAAAUUCCCUGCGCUCGAGCUCUUUCGCAUCACGGUCGAUAAUGUCAACGGGCUCGCUCUCUGCGUUCCUAUCCAUACGCCGCGUCUACGCAGGGUACACGUCCUUCGAUCAAAGCCGCAACACGGGCUAUGGGCCUCAAUGGUCAUACUUCUCCAGCUUCACCCGGGCACUCACUUCGUCGUGCACGUCGUACCCCCCUCGCCGUUCUCAAUUGGCUACGUGCACUCCCUUGCGCAGUAUAAGAGCAACUUGCAAGAGUGCCGGGAGAAUGUCAAGACUUCCGGGAAGGAGGAGUGUCUUGAACUCGUGGAGACAGCGCCGGCGAUGUACGAAGGAAUGAUCAGUCAUCUGUACCAUCUCCCCAAUAUCCCAUCGCCUCGCCUCUGA